CGGUACUAUGAGCAGUGCAGUUUUGAAAAGAGGAACACAGCCUCUUCAAAGCUUAGACUUAUACAGCCAAGCUGAUGUUCUGACUUAGCCAUGUUUCAGCAUAAACUUAUAUUUGGAGCUCUGUUGGCAGCAUGGCUUUGUCCUUCAACCACUCAAGACACAUGUCGUGCCGGGACACCUGGACUGCCAGGUAUUCCCGGAAUUCCUGGACAUGAUGGUAGAGAUGGUGAGAAGGGAGAGAAAGGCGAGGCAGGGCGCACAUUGGAGCUGGUGAAUAAAGUUAUCAAAGGGCAAAAGGGGGAACCUGGCGUCAUAGGUUCUCCGGGAAAGAGGGGUACCCCUGGCAAUCCUGGACCACCGGGACCACGGGGUGAGCAUGGAGACGUAGGAGAUCCAAGCGACUCUAAACCACAAUCUGCGUUCUGUGUUUCUCGUGAAACCAAAGAAUAUCCAGCACCUAACACACCAGUAAUCUUCCAAACAGUCAUCACCAAUAUCAAAGACCACUUUAUUGUUAGUGAGGGUAAAUUUGUAUGUCACAUCCCUGGUACUUAUUACUUUGUGUACCAUGCAACAUCCUAUAAAAAGACACUUUGUGUUUCGCUCAUGGUGGAUGGAACUAAGAAGGCUAGCUUCUGCGACCACUUUCAAGAUGAACUCAACGUAAGUUCAGGGGGAGUUGCUGUGUACCUGGAGCAGAACAGUUUGGUCUGGUUGGAAGUUAAUGAUAGGCUAAAUGGCAUGUAUGCAGCUGGAGAUUGUUGCAACAGUGUCUUCUCUGGUUUCCUGCUUUAUGCACACUGAGGGAGAUCUAGUGUUUUUACAAAACAUACCAGAUAACAACAAGUUUUACAGUUACAUGCAAUAUCUGUACAAUCAAGAGCACCAAAUGUAUUUCUGAUCUCUGUGCAACUAAUAAAAUUAUACUCGGGCAAAA